AUGGAGAGAAACUCGGAUCUUGUUAAAUUGGUUGCCUAUGCCCCAUUAAUUAAGCGCGAAGGUCAAGAGCAAUGGAAACUGGAAUGGAGUAGCAACCGUGCCGACACUAUUCUUCAAGUUGAUCAUACCGACGGCGAGUUUGGUCCCUUUUAUUGGGUGGUUGGAUCUAACAAGGAUACUAAGCAAGUCUUCAUCAAGGUUGCCAACAUCCGAGACACUGAGCAAAUUGUCAGCAUCAAUCUCAAGAGCUUGGCUGCGAACACAGAAGGUGUUGCACGUGUUAUUACAGGCGACUGCUUGGACCUUGAGAACAGCAAUGAAUCCACCGCUGUCAAGACUGAUGAAUCGGUCUUCAAGCUGUACAGCAAGAGUGAUUUUGAGUACACAUUUGCUGCCCAUUCCGCCACCGUACUCAUCCUUCAGAUUCAAUAA